AUGCAAGAGAGCGCGCCACGGGAAAAGGGUGUAACCCAAAAAGUCUACGAAUUCCUCACAGACUUUUUCUACAUAUAUAUAAAAUUCGCGUUGUACGCUGUAGCUAUAUAUAUCCUGUUCUACUACUAUGAUUAUUAUUUUGGAUGAUUUUUAGUGAGCAGAGGAUGUGAAGUGCUAGUGCUAGUGCUAGUGAAGUGAUUAAUAUUGGACAUUGACAUUUUCACGUUGGAGAGGAUUAUUGGUCAAGCUGGCACCAUGAAGCGCUCUCGGCACAGAUGGCUGGGAUGUAGCAUAUUUUGUGUCACAAUUGUGGUGCUAUCCCUGGAAAUCCCCACCACGUCGGCGGCGAGGGCCACCUCCCUCAUCUUCGCCAAGACCACCACAACCACGGCAGCGCCCGAGGAGCCGAGCGCGCCGGAAAAUGGAGAACAGUUAGAAACAACAGCGGAAGGAGGAGAGACCAACACCACCAGCAAGCUAACGGGGAUCCCCCAAAUCGACUACAUCUACGACCCCAACCUCCCGCGAGAGCUGAAUGGCUACAAUCUCUCUAGCUACCCCUUCUAUGAGACCGUGCCUCCACUAGAGAUGAUAGACUUCAAGUGUGACGGGCUACAUGAUGGGUUCUACGCGUCUGUCCCUCAUGGGUGCCAAUUAUACCACCACUGCCUGUUCGGCACGCGGUACGACUUCCUCUGUGCGAACUACACGGCGUUCGACCAGAAGACCUUCAUCUGCCAAUUCGUCUCUGAAGUGGAUUGCAAGAACUCGCCAAACUAUUUCAACAGGAACGAAGCUCUCUACAAAGCCGCGUCGACGACCACCAUUCCUCCCCCCACCACGUCGACCACUACGACCACCACUACCCCCCGCCCGCACCCGCGACCCCGUCGGCCUCAUAGAUAUGACUAUUAUGAUGAUGACUACUAUUAUCCCGAGAGGGAUGACUACGAUUAUGAACAGAGGGGUGGCAGGAGACCCAGGCCUAGGCCCCGACCUCAAGGCAGGCCGGGAGGUAGGAAGCGGAGGCCUGUCGAUGACUACGAGGAUGACAGAUACGAACGUCGACCGCGUCCAAGAGACGAGCAACCUGAAGACGACUACGAGGACAGAAGACCCUACGACAGGCCCAACAGGCCAGCUAAGAGACCUUACAGCGACAGGCGUCCGUAUGAAGACGAAGAAGAUAGACCUGGCUAUAGAGCUGGAAACAGAAGACCUAGACCUAGAGAUGAAGAAGAAGAGAGAUACAGAGAAGAUGACAGACCAAGACAAAAAGAUAAACCAAAUGAAAAGCGACCCCGUGAUGAUCCUGGUCGAGAUGAUAUGAGAAAUGAAAAACCUAGGGAAGGAUUCAGGCCCAGGGAUGAAGGGAAAACACGUGAAGAAAUAAGGCCAAGAGAUGAAAUUAGGCCCAGAGAUGAAAUGAAGCCUCGAGAUGAGAUUCGAUCACGCGAUGAGAUUAGACCUAGAGAUGAAAAAAGACCACGUGAUGAAAUACGAUCGCGAGAUGAAAUAAGACCAAGAGAUGAAGGUAGACAUAGAGAUGAAGUUAAGCCUAAGGAUGAAGGAAGAACUCGUGACGAAAUAAGGCCGCGUGAUGAACGAAGACCAUCAAGGGAUGAAGGCAAACCUUCAAGACCUUAUUCUAAUGAAGGACGAAGGUAUAGAGGAGACAGAGAGAAUGGCAGAGAUGAAAAGCCUAACAGUAAACCAGAACCAAGGCCAGAGAGAAAUUAUGAUGAUGAGAGAGUUCGUGAAGAAAGAAGACAGCCACCAACCGCUCCUGAAGCUCAAACGUUGGUGAAACCUAAUGGCCGUGGUAUAUUUAGUCAACCAAGAAUGGCGCCAAAGAUCAAACGGCCGGUUCCAGCCACUGAGAAAGAUAAAUACGGAUAUGUCCCAAUAGCGACCACGAAGGCGCCGUUAAGAGCUGACGAUGAUGAAUAUUAUGAUGAUUACGAAGAGGAAGAUACCAGGAGACCAUCGUCAUCUGGCAAGAACAGUCAAAUUCAACAAAGGCCAAAACCUGAACCUGUAGAAAAGGAAAAAUUUAAGCCUUCAAGGCCACAUUAUUCUAGUCCAGCGCCUAAAAUUAAGAAAAAUAAAAGGCCAAUCGAUUACGAAGAUGACGAAUAUUAUUAUGAGCCGCCUGUGAAAUCACAAAAAUAUACUUACAAUCAAAGGAACAAAGAAACUCCCAAAGUUAAAGUGACUGAUGAGUAUUACGAUGAUUACGAAGACAGACGAGAUAGUGAUAGAGAUCACGUAAAAACAAAAGACGAAGAUAUUACUAGUAGGAUCAAAGAUCUGAAACCUAAUGUAAAAGUACUAAAGCGUCCUUUUUUACCGUCUAGGGGUGGUAGUCCCUACUUGCCUAGGGGCUUGCAACCAGUUGCUGGUAAAGACUUAACUGCGCCCCCGAACACCACCCCCAAACCCACCACCACUACUACUAGCACCACUACUACCACUACUACUACCACUACCACCCCUAAACCUACUACAACCACUACUACCACAACUAGACCCACUACCACGACUACUACAACUACUACUACUAGGCCCACCACAACCACGACAACAGAAGAACCAACGACUACAAUUACAACAGGAAAACCAACUACAACCGAACUGACAAAAGACGAUUACGAAGAUGAUGUCGAAGAGUACUACGAUGAAGAAGAUAUAGAUUACGACAGAAAAGAAACCACAACAGACGAACUAACGACGCACCAACCAUCAACAACGCGCAAACCAACAACAACACACAAACCAAUAACAACACAGAGACCAACGACAACAGCCAUCGCUGAACUGACAACGAAAGACCAAGCCAAAAACUUAGCCGCAAAAGUAUUAAGGAUAUACAACGAUCAAUACCACGCGAUAAAAGAAAAAUUAGAAACUACUUUGUCACCUGGAGAUUAUUUAAAACCCUAUUUAGAGGCUGAGCAAGCGGCAGCAGAUGAAGAAAGAAGACAAGAAGAAGCAGAUGAUUACAAUUACAGUCCGACAGAAGCACCAUUCAAACCGUCCCCUCAAUUACCAGAAGUUAAUCCAGAAAUUUCAAAGCCGUACACGGCGACUGGCAAACCUUUAAGAAUACCAGAGAACAUAUCUAUUAAACAGAAUCUAGCUGAUUCUAUCGAAAACGAUUAUGAUGUGGCACUUAACGAGGCUUUAGCGCCUGCCCUUCCAAAUGUUAAUGUUAGAAAUAACAUCCCAAGUGGAUUCAUGGUUCCAGGAGAUAGGGACUACACCUAUUCAAGAUUUAGGAGCAAUUUCCAGCAAGAACCACAAUUUGCGGCUUCGGAAUUAAACAGCUAUCAGAUUCGGAAAAGGCCGCAGAUAUCAGGGGUUAGUAUAAGAACACCGUCAUCAUAUUUCCUACAGCCACAGAGAUACCAAGAUGGUAUACAGAGGCCUCAGCGGCAUCUAGUUUAUGACCCAAGACCUCAAAGCCAUUCAGGCGUUUACCAGGCGGCGCAGUUUAAACUAUUUUGAGGCAGUUGCCAGUCCCAAUGGUAUAAAGUGUAUCAUGAUGGCCUCUAUAUUAAUCCGCAGGUAGUUGAAAAUGUAAUGGUGGAUCAAUUUAUUUGUGUUUAUAUUCCGUUAUCCAGAAUCCAUAGCGUAAAUUUCAUUUGAUAAUUUGAUUUCAUUUGAACGUUCGCGUUUGCGUUAAGUCUAUUUUUGUAUGGGAUUUUGAACAGCGCGCUAAGCGGGACGUUUAGGAAACUCAAAAUGACAGCGCAAACUCACUAUCAAAUGAUAUGUACACUAGGGGCACUUACAGAAACAAUAGUGGUACAGUGUGUUAGUGAACGUUCUACUAUUACGCUCAUUAUCGAAAUGGCUUACAACUUCUUGUUUGGUAAAUUUAAACCAUAGAAUGAAGGUUAUAUAGUUGUUCAGGGAAUAUCCAUGGCAACGUGUAACACAAAAAGUUGAUUCAUCCAAUGUGGGUUAAAUUGGAAUAUUCAAAUUGUGAUGGGAUGGGGUAACCUUUGAAAGAUUUAACAAAAUAAACCUGCGGUUUGUACAAUUUUUUCGCAAAAAUCGUUUGAUACACGCUGCAGGUUUUAGUUUUUGGUCCUUUAGUCAUUUCUAGUUUAUUUUACAUCACUGCCAAUUUAUACAACACUAGUUUUAAAUUAAGGUCAUCAACUUGUCUGACUUAGAAUGAAUUUUUUAGCAAUUUGAUUUGAAACUAAUACUCAAACGUUGAUGAAGAAAAUAUUCAUGAAAAAUAACUUUUUAGUUCUUAAAUAAUUAUUUUUGUAUUUGCCGAUAUUUUGAGUAGGAUAAUUUACUUCUUCUAACUUAAUUAUAGUAAUGUACAGUCGCCAUCAAAUACAUCGGAGCGGCCAAGGUGUUCACAAAUAUCUGAACACGCCUCUAUUGCCAAAGCGUUAAGAGUGCGUGUUCAUAUAUUUUUGAGCACCUCGGCCGCUCCGAUAAAUCUGAUGGCGCGGUCAAUGAAAUGUUGGUGUAUCAAAAUGUCGACAUUAUAGUGCAAUAAUAAUAGUACACGUACUUACACAAGUUGAAGAUAAGUUAUCUACGACUCCUUAUCAAUAUGGUCAAAACUAUAGGCCCAAUAGAUUAGGGUCCGUCUGAAUUAAGUCUGCAUGGAUCUUGAUAAGCGAAAGAAUAUGGGAAUGGCACCGUAAAUGUCAAAUAUCGAAAUUUGAAAUUCAUAGUGGCGCUGCCAAACUUUGUCGCUUCCAAAUCGGUGCAAACUUAGCUUAGACGGAUUCUACUCAUAGCGCAACAGCUGAAAAGAAUAGUGUUUUUUUGUAAAUAAGUAUAUUUCGGUACACGGCGGGAAAAAGUUAAUAACUCGAGAUAUAAAAUUGAAGAAAUUUGAACCUCAUGUAAUUUUAUUUUAAGUUUAAGCUUCUUUAAUUCUAUAUCUCGAGUUAUCGACUUCUUCUCACCAUUUAUAUAACCAAUAUACCGGGUGUUUCCUGUAACAGGAGCAAUCAUUUAAACAGUAGGCUGUACUCCUCAAACUUACCAACAUUUGUUCAGCAACUUUUGAAAAUGACUUAUAUGUUUUGAUUUUUAUUACACUUUAAAGUUUAUUCUAAGACGCAAUGUAUUGCAAAUUUUGUUAUGUUUAAAGCGUGACAAGCAACGUCAAACACACUGAUGUCAGCGUACAUUGAAGGCAAUAU